AAGAUAAUUACUAAUUGAUUUUGUUUUUCAUUUGAAUAGUUCAUGGUAGCUCUUGUCCUGGUCAUCUUUUCCAUGGUGGCAGCCGAAUCGCCAAGACCUAAACAAUUUUUGGCUAGACAAUCAGCUGCUCCUUAUCAACCGAGGGGGUGGAGACCUUCCGGACCUCAAUUCAAUCUUCCUUUAAGAUCUCAGAAACAAGUUCAACAACCACAACCACCUGUCCCAGCCGCAUCGUAUGGACCACCGCCAGCAUCUUCUUACGGUCCACCGGAAGAAGCAACAACCACGACAACGGAAGCUCUUCCAACAACAACCGAGACAAUAGAAGAAACCACUACGCUGGAACCAGAAGCUGAGAACAUUUUGGACGCCGACCAAGAAGUAUCAGCCAAAUUGGAAAAUCCCGGAUCUUACUACGUGGUCGUUCCGCAAACACAAAAGUUAGUGGCUUCGCCUUUGGUAGCAUUAAAAAGUGCCAAACUUGUGUCCACACCAGCUUUGCCUAGAAGAGUUCCGGUCCAGGCGAUACCAGCUUUCGCCAAAAUUCAAGAGUUGCCUCAAGUUUUCGAAACUGUGCCUUACAUUCAAACUGUACCACUAGCCUCUUCGUCCGCCUACAUCAACGCAGUUAACACACCUUUCAGUUCUUCCUACAUUCAGGUCGUCCAGUAAAUUAGUUGUAUAUAGAAAAUAUUAUUUAUUUGUGAAAAAUAUAUUUAUCGUUUAAUAAACGUUUGA